CGCAUACAAAUUUAAAUCAUCUAAUAAAAUUUAAAAGUUUCAACUCAACAACAAACUACAGUCUAAGCAAAAGCUAUCAAUCCAAACAAAAUAUCCUUUUAAUGAAAAUAAUUUUCCCUCUUGAUUUUUUUUAUUCUUUUGUUUUUGGAUUAUAUAGUAUUCUAGUAAACUUUAUACGUUAUAAACGUGAAGAAUAUGGCCAACUUGUUUAUAUACGAUCAUAUGAAGGCAUAAGUCUAGUAAAAUAUUUUAAAUAA